AUGGAGAUAAUGCAUAGCCUGGGCUGGCUACUCGCCAUCUCUACUUUGGCUGUGCUGGGAAAUAUUAUUCUUCAGUUGCUUCCCCGAAGAAAGUCUGAACCACCUCGCGUCAUUCAUUGGAUCCCAUUAGUCGGAAAUGCAAUCCAGUACGGCACCAAUCCAAUCAAGUUCUUCGCAGAGUGUCGAGCCAAGUAUGGCGACAUAUUUACUUUUACCCUGUUUGGAAAGAAAAUCACCUGCUUCCUCUCCGUCGACGGCAACGACUUUGUCCUCAAUGGCAAACACGCCGACCUCAACGCCGAAGACAUUUACAAACCCCUAACGAAGCCAGUUUUUGGCUCCGAUGUUGUAUACGAUUGCUCCAAUGCCAAGUUUAUGCAGCAGAAAAAGUUUAUCAAGUUCGGCUUGACUCGCCAGGCUUUUGAGUCCUACGUGCCCAUGAUUGAGGAAGAAGUCUUGGGCUACCUUGAGACGGAGCCCAGCUUGCAGGGUGUCGCCGGAACCAUGGACGUCCCAAAAUCCAUGGGUGGUAUCACUAUCCUUACAGCGGCGCGAACUCUCCAAGGCGAGGAAGUGCGCAGCAAGCUCUCUGCUGGAUUCGCUGAGCUGUACCACGACUUGGAUCUUGGUUUUCGGCCCGUCAACCUUCUGAUGCCCUGGGCACCUCUCCCAGAGAACCGCAAGCGCGACGCCGCCCAUGCCAAGAUGAGGGAAGUGUACAGCACCAUUGUUGAUGAGCGGCGUCACUCAGAGAAGGAGUGUGAUUCCGACAUGAUAUGGAACCUCAUGAACUGCGUAUACAAGGACGGCUCCACCAUCCCAAACCACGAAAUCGCACACUUGAUGAUUACCUUGCUCAUGGCAGGGCAGCACACUUCCUCGUCUGCAAGCUCAUGGGUUAUUUUACACCUUGCAUCCCGUCCCGAAGUCACAGAGGAGCUGUUCCAAGAACAGGUCCAAAUGCUCGGCCAUGGGAAACCCAACCUCCCUCCCCUGCAGUAUACCGACCUUGAGAAGCUUCCGUUGCUUCAGCAGGUCAUCAAGGAGACCCUGCGUGUGCAUUCGUCUAUCCACUCCGUCAUGCGUAAAGCCACGCGACCUAUCCAAGUGCCUGGCACCGACUACGUUGUGCCGCCCGGCAGGAUUCUCCUUGCAUCGCCCCAGGCAACGGCUCGCGACGAGCAAUACUUUACCAACGCGGACGAGUGGCAGCCUUCUCGCUGGUCUAGCGACCUCGCAGGUAGCAUCUUCGAUGCUGAAGAAACGUCUAGCAUUUCCCGCGGGGCCAAAAGCGCCUAUCUGCCGUUUGGGGCGGGCAGACAUCGGUGUAUCGGAGAACAGUUUGCCUAUCUCAAUCUUGGCGCCAUCAUUGCCACGCUUGUCCGAGAAUUUCGGUUCUACAGUCUGAAGGAGAGCGGCGAUGUGCCAAAGACAGACUAUGCAUCCAUGUUUUCGCGACCCGUGCAGCCUGCCUUGAUCCGGUGGCAGCGUAGGACCAAACGCAGCUAG